GUAUUAUGAAUUUACGACACACAGACAAAGAGGAGCCAAAUAGAACCAAACGGUGAAAAAGAACUCAAUUCAAUUUGUUAAUGGCGGCGAAUUCCUCUCGACCUAACCUCAAGCGCCCUUUCCCCGAUGAUGAUGAAGAAUCAAACAAACCUCAAAUGAAAAAAAGGGUUAGGUUUCCCAAGAAGAAACAGAAGGGAGAUGAAGCAGCGGUGAAGAAAUUAGUAAUAGACGAGGCUCUACCUCAGCCCGCUCCGCUGACCGACCCUCGUCAGGCGGCUAAGGAACGCUCCAAUCGUCGUAGCCAAAUGACUACGGAGCUUUUGAGUGACGAUAAUAGAGGUAUUAUCAGCGAUAUUUCCAUAGCUGAAGUAACUUAUGAGGAAAACGAGGAUUUUGUGGACGAUGGCAUUCAAAUUGAACCUUUCAACUUAGACAAAGAGAGGGAAGAAGGAUAUUUUGAUGCUGACGGCAAUUUUGUGGAAUAUGUCAACGAAAAUGAAAUCAAGGAUGCUUGGCUUGAUAGUGUUGAAGUGGCACCAAAAUACGCUGGUAAAGUAGUAAUAAAAUAUGAUGAUGAUAUUCAAGAACUUACGUCUCGUGAAAUUGGAAAGAUGAAAAGACGCAUAGCAGAUGCUCUUGAGCCAGGCGAAACGGUUUUGCAAGCUUUGAGGAGAUUGAAAGGAACUUCGAAUAACAAGAAGGAUAAAAUGCCGCCUGAAAUAAAGGCGAUAUUUGACCAGCUAACUGAAGAUGCCAUGAAGUUGUUGGAGAAUGGCGAAUACGAUGUGUACAGUGAAAAGAAAGAGGUUUUUGAGCGUGAAGCAGAAGGAUAUGAAAACCUUGCUCGUUUAAGAGGUGAAGGCCCAUCUGGAAGUGCAGGGAAGGACAUUUUGUCUGGUUUAACAGAUGCUGGAAUAGUUUCUUCAGGCCCUGUUAAUCCAUCCGAGGAUUCAUUUGAUAUAUUUGCGGAUGAUGAAAGUGCUGCUGCUAAGCCAUCUUCUAAUGGAACUGGUGAACCAACCAACGGUGCAAACGCUAACUCUGAAAGUGGGACUUCACAAAGUGAUUAUGUGUUUGACGAGUCUUCUGGAUACUACUACAACAGCAGUUUGGGCUAUUAUUAUGAUCCAUCUACUGGACUGUAUUGUUAUGCUUCGACAGGACAAUGGUACUCGUAUAACGAGGAAACCGGAACCUACGAUGAAAUACAAAAUGCCGCAUCAACUGGGGACUAGAAGAGGAAGAGAUGGUUUUGCUACUACAUCUCUAGAGCAAAUUUGUACAGACUCAGCCAGAUUUUGUUUUUUAAAAAGGAAUUGGAUAGCUGUUUCGGGCAGACUAAGAAUUGACCCCAUCUUAAGAAUUCCAGCUAAAUACUUGAAUGUGUUAUUAAACGUAGAGAUCUAUACAUUGUGCUGUGUUAGUUUACAUCUCA